CUGCGACUCGCCUUUUUUCCGCACCUAACAGUCGCCAGAAACUGAUAAUUGAAGAAGAAUCGUUCAAUCUUUCAAUCGCGCGUUCUCUUAAUUUCGGGUAGAUCUUAGCGCCGUCGUCUGGGAAUGGAGGAGGAUUUCGAUAUGCCGCCGGCGGAGGAGAUGGAGGACUUGGAUCUUCCGGACGACAGUCCGAUGAUUAAGGUCGGCGAGGAGAAGGAGAUCGGGAAGCAAGGGUUGAAGAAGAAGCUCGUCAAGGAAGGGGAACGAUGGGAGACUCCGGAGGCCGGGGAUGAAGUUGAAGUGCAUUACACUGGGACUCUGCUUGACGGAACUAAGUUCGAUUCUAGCCGAGAUAGAGGCACUCCGUUUAAGUUCACUCUUGGUCAAGGGCAAGUGAUUAAAGGAUGGGAUCAAGGUAUCAAAACUAUGAAGAAGGGUGAGAAUGCAAUUUUUACCAUACCCCCAGAGCUUGCCUAUGGAGAGUCUGGUUCUCCACCAACCAUUCCUCCGAAUGCAACAUUGCAGUUUGAUGUUGAGUUGCUGUCAUGGGUAAGUGUCAAGGACAUUUGCAAAGAUGGUGGCAUUUUCAAGAAGAUUAUUGCUGAAGGGGAGAAAUGGGAAAACCCCAAGGACCUUGAUGAGGUCUUAGUGAACUUUGAAGCCCGUCUUGAAGAUGGGACUGUAGUUGCAAAAUCAGAGGGUGUGGAGUUCACUGUUCAAGAAGGACAUUUUUGCCCUGCACUUUCCCGCGCUGUGAAGACCAUGAAGAAGGGAGAGAAGGUGCAGCUAACAGUGAAGCCUCAAUAUGGGUUUGGCGAGAAGGGAAAGGCUGCAUCUGGUGUUGAAGGUGCUGUUCCACCGAGUGCGACAUUACUAAUUGACUUGCAGCUUAUCUCUUGGAAGACUGUUACCAAUGUCACUGAUGAUAAGAAAGUGGUAAAAAAGAUCCUCAAGGAAGGGGAAGGAUAUGAGCGACCUAAUGAAGGAGCUGUUGUGAAAUUGAAAUUGAUUGGGAAAUUGCAAGAUGGGACUAUCUUCAUCAAGAAGGGGCAUGAUUCUGAGAAUGAAGAUCAGCUCUUUGAGUUCAAGACUGAUGAAGAGCAAGUCAUCGAUGGGUUGGACAGAGCUGUGCUGACAAUGAAGAAGGGCGAAGUGGCACUCUUGACUAUUGCUCCAGAGUACGCUUUUGGUGCAUCGGAGAAUAAGCAGGACUUGGCCGUUGUCCCUGCCAACUCCACUGUGUUUUAUGAGGCAGAGCUUGUAUCUUUUGUUAAGGAAAGGGAAUCAUGGGACAUGAAGAAUGACGAGAAAGUUGAAGCUGCCAUCAGAAAGAAGGAAGAAGGAAACGCCCUUUUCAAAGCAGGAAAGCAUGCCAAAGCUUCUAAGAGAUAUGAGAAGGCGGGGAAGUUUGUAGAGUAUGACAAUAACUUCAGCGAAGAGGAGAAAAAGCAAGCCAAGGCUUUGAAAAUAUCAUGCAACCUGAACAAUGCAGCUUGCAAAUUGAAACUGAAAGAGUUCAAAGAAGCUGCCAAGCUAUGCACUAAGGUUCUGGAACUGGAGACCACUAACGUGAAAGCACUCUACAGAAGAGCCCAGGCGUAUAUGAAUAUGGCGGACCUCGACCUGGCUGAGUUUGAUAUAAAGAAAGCUCUGGAAAUUGAUCCGGAGAAUAGGGAGGUGAAGUUGGAGUACAAAGUGUUGAAGAACAAGAUGAAAGAGUUCAACAAGAAGGAUGCCAAGUUCUACGGGAACAUGUUUGCCAAGCUGACCAAGCUGGAGUCACUUGACGACAAUAAAGCUGCUGCUGUUGCUCCAAAGGAGGCCGAACCCAUGAGCAUUGAUAGCAAGGCUUGAGAGAGAGUUAAGAGUAAUAAGUAAUUCUUCCUCAACAACAAUUUUACUUGUCUGUUCUGUGUUUCUUUUUAUACUCGGAUUCUGUAAUUCAAUGAAGUAUGGAUGCUUUUUUCGUGGUUUUAUUUAUGUCUUGAGAAUUGAGAAUGGAGCCUAUGGUCAGUUCCG